UGCUAAGACCUCAAAACUCAUUGCGAGCCAGUCUACACGUUGCCCAUCACCAUGGCAGAUGAAGAGCAGUUUGAGUCAGCAGAAUCUGGGGCCUCCAAGACCAUUCCUAAGCAGUGCUCAGCUCUGCGCAAGGGAGACUUCGUCUGCAUCAAGAACCGCCCAUGCAAGAUAGUUGAGAUGUCUACAUCAAAGACUGGCAAACAUGGGCAUGCUAAGGUGCAUCUUGUGGGCAUCGAUGUAUUUACUGGCAAGAAAUAUGAAGAUAUUUGCCCUUCCACUCACAACAUGUUAUCCCCUGUGGUGAAGCGCACUGAACAUACAUUUGUGGACAAGACUGAUGAUAAGUUCCAGCGUCUUUUGAAUGACAAUGGCGAAAUACGAGAAGACCUCAGGUGUCCAGAUGAAGAGCUUGGAAAAGAAAUUGACGCCAAAAUAGAAGCUGGGGAGUCCUUCCUUGUCACUGUGCUGGAGGCCAUGGGUGAAGAGUGUGUGGUCAGCUGUAAAAAUCUGUCUUCAGACAAGUAAAACUUCUUGGCAGCCACCACUCAGC